AGUGCUGCAGCAAGAGAUGUUGGUGCUAAUCUACAAGUUCCGUUGUCUCCCUCUGCCACAGCGUGGAGAGCACAUGGCAGGCAAAAAGAAGCGAGUGUUGGCGCUCCUGGGCGGGCUCUGACAGAGGGGACUGUGGGUAAUCAGACUUGAGAGCGUGUUUAGUAUCAUUUCAGAUGUUACGUGGUAUAUGUAGCCUAAGGAAUUUUUUUAAAGUAGGCCUGAUUUAAGAUCUAGAGCGAUUUCUGAGGAGAUGGAUUCAUUUGGUUAAGAAAUACUUUUCUUGAACUUUUUUUUUUUUUUUAACGAUAACACUCGGUGUUACCACAACGCAUUCCUGAAAUGUGAGAGCCGUCACGGGUGGAGGCCGGGCAGGUGCGAUUAGCCGGGGAGAAAGCGGCAGGAGCUGAACCUGAACUGUCAAUUACAUGUUUUGCAUUCAGACUUCUCUGUGCUUUGACUUGCAAGGAGGCUGGGAAUCGGACGAAAGCCAUUGAGACAUUAACAAUGAAAGGAGGUUCUUACUGCUUCGUGUUAUUUCAGGGACAAACUGCUUACUAGAAAAUUGAUCUUGGCCACUCCUUGACAUGACUGGUUUGCAGAAUUAGUUCCCUUUCCUUUCCUGAAACCCAUUCAGCAUGGAAUCAAACAAUAGCCACUCUGGCAAGAAUCCUCUUAUACACACAAUGAAAAAAGAUUUCUGAGCUCUGCAGGUGAUAACCGAAGUCCGUCACACUUUUCACAGCAACCCAGAGGCAGCAGUGAGUUGGGCGAAAGCUCACGGGACUUCACGGUAAUGGCUUUCGUAUUUAGAACUGUGGCCCAAUUAGCUGGAAUGUCGUUAUCUUUGCUGGGGUGGGUUUUAGCCUGUCUCACCAACUACCUGCCGUACUGGAAGAACCUGAACCUGGAGCUGAACGAGAUGGAGAUCUGGACCCAGGGCCUGUGGCAAGUCUGCGUCGUCCAGGAAGAGGUGGGGAUGGAAUGCAAGGACUUUGACUCCUUCCUGGCCCUGCCCGUGGAGCUCCGGGUCUCCAGGGUCCUGAUGUUCCUGUCCCACGGGCUGGGGCUCCUGGGCCUGCUGGUCUCGGGGUCUGGGCUGGACUGCCUGAGAGUCGGAGAGAGACAGCGAGAGCGGAAGAAGCGGCUGCUGAUCCUGGGAGGGGUCCUGUUCUGGACGGCGGGCGUCGGGGUCCUGGUGCCAGUCUCCUGGGUCGCCCACGUGACCGUGCAGGAGUUCUGGGACGAGACCCUCCCGGAGGUUGUGCCCAGGUGGGAGUUCGGGGAAGCCCUCUUCCUGGGCUGGUUCGCUGGGUUCUCUCUCCUCCUCGGGGGGUGCCUGGUGACCUGGGCCGCCUGCUGCACCCAGGCUCCGCUGGCUGCGGGCCAGUUCCCGGCGGCAGAAACGCAGUAUCUCCGUCACCCCCUGGAGAUGAAAAACACUCGGCUGACAGUCUAAGCCCGAGGAUCCAGGCGGCCACGGCGCAGGGGACGCUUGCUGAGCCCGGGACCGGGUAGGAUUCCCUGCUGCCUGGUCACCCAGGCACGACACUAGCAGCUUUCUAACAUGCAUUUUCCCCAGUGGCGACUGGCUCCUUGAACUGUGAUUUCCUUCCCAGGCGGUAAACCACUUUUAUCUUCUACUCUGAGGCCAAAACCAAUCAAGACUUAAUAGUAAUCAAGCUCGUUUCUGCGGAGGAGUGUCCUCACUUUUGAUGUAGACCCAGUGACUGCACAGAACUGGUAAAUGAAACAUUCUACCCGUGUUCCGCCCCUGAAGGUGUUACUCAGAGACGGGUCAUUCUGGCAGUGGGAGAUGUUACUGCUCAUCAAGCCCUUCUCUCCAGUGUUUGAGAUGACCUACUCUACAGAAACAGGCUCACGGCAUAUUUAUUUAAACUGUAUGACAUCUGAUUAAACUAAAAAAACGGCUGCUCUGUGAAAGCUGGAGAGGUGAGAGACGUGGACACAUCAUGUCUUUAACCAGAGACCUCAGGGGUUCUGGCCUCUGACUUAUGCCUCUGCCCCAGGCUAGGGGCAGGGGAGGGCAGACUUGAGUAUUGGAAGGGUCACUAAAACCCACCCAGAAGCCUGCUUUUGCAUCUGGACCCUGUGCUCUACAGCAGAUGGUGAACGCUCGCCCCCCCCCUGCCCUCCCCUGCAGGGGGCGCUGCAGGCCAGCCCGGUCUGGGUGUGUGGGCAGAGCUCAUAUGGAGCCCUUGUUUUACUUGCACAAUGAAAAUAUUCUGCCUUUUUUAAAAAAAAAAAAAAAUCAGCAAUGCAUAUCCUCCAACCAAGAAGUAUCCACAACAAACUGAUGGCCUGGGGGAUUCUUCAUGAAAGAUUUUAU